GAUCGAUCAUUAUUUUUUUUUGUAAUCAUACAAUUACAACUUUUUCUCACCCUGUUUUCCAUCGAUCAUAAACAAAGAACUCCCCUUGUCAUUUGGGUCCCCCAAGAAUGUCAAGGUCCUGGUUGUUCUUUAGCUCAUUUUUGGUGUUGGUGGCUGCAAAUUUUUUGCAAAAUGUUGAAGGUUUGGGGGUGAAUUGGGGGACUGUUUCAUCCAAUCCAUUGCCCCCUGAAAUCGUGGUGCAACUUUUGAAGGAUAAUGGCAUUAAUAAGGUGAAACUCUUCGAUGCCGAUCCCAAAAUUUUGAAAGCUCUGGCUGGUACAGGCAUUGAGACGAUUAUUGCCACUACCAACCUAGAGCUCGCUGACUUCGUUGAUGCUUCAAAAGCCAAGGACUGGGUGAAACAAAAUGUCAUCCCCUACAACCCCACUUCGAAAACCGGGGUUAACAUUACAUAUGUUGCUGUUGGAAAUGAGCCUUUUCUCAAAGACUACAAAGACAGGUUCACAAACGUAACAGCCCCGGCACUGAAGAACAUUCAAGAUGCUCUUAAUGAAGCUGGACUCGGAAAAACGAUCAAAGCCACAGUUCCCUUCAAUGGUGAUGUCUAUAUGUCCCCAGCUUGGAAGCCCACCCCUUCGGGUGGAAUUUUCCGUCCUGACAUUGUCGAAGACUUGAGAGACAUUCUCAAGAUCCUCGACGACAACAACUCCCCGUUCGUGGUGAACAUAUACCCUUUCCUCAGCCUCUACUUUGGCAAGAAUUUCCCGCUUGAUUACGCCUUCUUCGAUGGCGCGACACCCUUACAGGACGGCGACAUCGCGUACACAAAUGUCUUGGAUGCCAACUUGGAUACAUUGGUUUCGGCUCUAAAGGCCGAAAACUACUCCAACAUGACAAUCAUCGUGGGAGAGAUCGGGUGGCCCACCGACGGAAACGAGUUUGCCAAUGCGACUUUGGCAUCUAGGUUUUACCAAGGGCUCAUGAAGCACUUGGCGAGCAACAAAGGGAGCCCUCUACAUCCAGGGUAUUUGGAAGUUUACAUGUUUGGGCUUCUUGAUGAGGAUGCAAAGAGUAUUCUCCCGGGAGAUUUCGAGCGUAGUUGGGGCAUUUUCACCUACGACGGCAAACCUAAAUUCCCGCUCGACCUCUCCGGAAAAGGCGAAAACAAGACCAUGAUCGGCGCUAAAAACGUCAAGUACCUACCAAAGCAAUGGUGCGUGCUAAAAUCCGACGCAACGAACGACACCAAAAUCGGCGAGAACGCAGAUUACGCUUGCAAGAACGGCGGAGAUUGUACUCCUUUGGCAGAUGAUUCGUCAUGCAACUUCUUGGAUGACAAACAGAAGGCCUCAUUCUCCUUUAAUGAAUAUUUCCAAACUCAGAAUCAAGUUAAUGGAAGCUGCGGUUUUGAUGGCCUUGCAACUGUGACUUUGAAGGAUCCAUCCUUACCAAAGUGCACUUUCAAGAUUGGGCUUGCCCCGCCUCCUAAGCCGAUUUCGCCUUCUCCGGCACCUGCUCCGGCUGCAGAUUCAGAUUCUAAAAAGGACCCAGCAAGGAAAUCUUCUCCAGGCUCUCCCAAGGACUCGCCUGCUUCUGCUACGUCUUCUCUUCUUCCAGCUGGGAUCUUUACUACUCUCAUCUUGGCUGGCCUCUCCAUCUUUGCUCAACUCAUGAUCUCACUAUAAAUUCCUAUAUAUGGUUUAAUAUUGGAUAUAUAGUACCUUUCUAUACUUCGAUCCAUAUUGAUUUAGCAUCAUGCAAAUGAUUUUCUUAAGGAAUUUUAUGAAUCUUACGAUUUUAAAGUUGUUGAGAGAAAGCAGCAAAGGAUGUUGUUUUCUUUUUGAAAUUUUUGUAAUGGUAGACUAGGUACUAUUUCUCAACCUGCACUAGUUAUAGACUUAUGUACUUGCAGGUUGUCACAUAUUAAUUUUUACUUUUAUAGUGGAAUCUAAUUUUCAGCCUUAAUUUUCACCUCUUUCACCAAUAUUCC